AUGUCGAGCGAAUCCAUCCCACAAAAGAUGCGUGCCGCCACCAUCAAGGACUUCAAAAAGGGAUACGAGGUCAAAGACAUCGAUGUGCCCACCGACCUCGGCCCUAACGACAUUCUCGUCAAGAUCGCCGCCGCCGGCUACUGUCAUACAGACCUGCAGGUCAUGGAAGGUGUCUACGAGUCGCAGGGUGCUAAGCCCGGUCUGGUCGGAUCGCACGAGCCCGUUGGUUUUGUUGUCAAAACCGGCUCGGACGCUGGGAAAUCCGGCAUCAAGGUAGGCGACCGCGUUGGGUCGAUCAACACGUAUGGCUUCUGCGGCAAGUGCGACUCGUGCAAGCAGGGCAAGCAGCUCUGCGACAAGCUUCCCGGUAUGCUUGGCCUGACCCUCAACGGCGGCUUCUCGCAGUACAUGAAGGCUGACGCCCGCGUCGUCUCCAAGGUUCCCGACAGCAUUCCAUCGGAUCAAGCCGCUCCACUCUUUUGCGCUGGUGCAACCGUGUACGGAGCCUUGCUUGCUGUCCAGCCAGAAAAGGGCCAGUGGCUCGCCAUGGUCGGCAUUGGCGGUCUUGGCCACCUUGGUUUGCAGUACGCCAAGGCGAUGGGAUGCAAAGUCAUCGCCAUCGACAACCGCAAAGAGGGACUCGAGCUCACCAACAAGUUGCCUGACCACCUCAAGCCCGACAAGACGUUCCUGAUCGAUUCGGAAGAGGCGCAGAACAAGGUCGCAGAGGAGCUUUCCGGCAGCUUCUACGACACCAACCCGGGUGUGGAUCGCGUGGUAAUCAACUGCGAGGACCGAAGUCUCAUCAAGUUCAGCCAGCAGUUCCUGCGCAAAGGUGGCCAGCUUGCCGACGUCGGUCUGCCCGCCGAUGGUCCGUUUGAGCUCGACUCUUUCGCCUUGAACUUCAAGGAGCAGACCAUCCGAGGUCGUCUGAUUUGCACCCCCGAGCAGUGCCAGGACAUGAUCAACCUGCACGCCGACAACGGCUGCACCACCUUUAUCGAGAAGACGUACUCGGUCGACGAGGCCAACGACAUGGCUGAACACUACAACUCGAAGAAGCUGCAGGGCCGUCUCUGCAUGGUGUUUUGA